AUGAAAGAUCCGCUAUUGCAAGGCUCGGCUGCCGUGCUGCCAGGCACCUCCCUGCAGAAAGCCUGCAAGUUGUUGGUGCUGUUCUGCGCCGUUCACCUCGCCUUCACCCUGGUCUACUAUGUGUCCGGCAGGGAGAUGAACUUCUUCCAGUACUUCUACCAGCAGCGACAAAACUCCAGCAAGAACACCAAGGAGACCGAACUUGAAUCUACUGAAGUGGUGCUACCUGACUGCCCGGAGAGCUCCCCCUUGUUGGUGGGCCCUUUAAGAAUUGAGUUUUCAAUAUCCAUCAGUCUAGAUGAAGUGAUGAAGACUAACCCAUAUGUUAAGGAAGGCGGUCUAUACAAACCAAAGGACUGCAAGUCACUGCAGAAAAUAGCACUCAUUAUUCCAUUCAGAAAACGUGAUGAACAUCUGAAAUAUUGGUUAUAUUACCUGCACCCUAUUUUACAAAGACAGCAACUUGACUAUGGUGUUUAUGUGAUAAAUCAGGAUGGUGAUUCUACAUUUAACCGUGCUAAGUUACUGAACAUUGGCUUUGUUGAGGCUUUGAAAGAAUAUGAUUAUAACUGCUUUGUCUUCAGUGAUGUUGAUCUUAUUCCAAUGGAUGAUAAGAAUAUCUACAAGUGCUACAGUCAACCCAGACACCUCUCUGUUUCAAUGGAUAAGUUUGGGUUCGGGUUACCAUACCACCAGUAUUUUGGAGGGGUGUCUGCUUUAAGUAAAGAACAGUUUCAAAGAAUAAAUGGAUUUCCAAACAAAUUCUGGGGAUGGGGUGGAGAAGAUGAUGAUAUAUACAAUCGAAUUGUGUCUAGGGGCAUGUCAAUCUCUCGCCCAGAUGCUGUUACAGGAAAAUGCAAAAUGAUCCGUCAUGAACGAGAUGAAAAAAAUGAACCAAACCCAAAAAGGUUUGAUCUGAUUGCACAUACAAGACAAACCAUGAAUUCAGAUGGUAUAAAUUCUCUCACCUACAAAGUACUCAAGACUGAAAAGCAUCCCUUAUACACAAAAAUAACAGUGGAUAUUGGUCCUGUGCCAAGCUAAAUUUUGGAAUUUGGGCAAGAAAUAUUUUCAUUGACUGUUCCUACUAUGCUGGUAUGGUGGCAAUCUCUAAAAAAUGUAUCAGAUUUUAUGAACUUUUUUCCAGAUGUAGAGCCUUUAUAUGCAGUACAUAUAGACUUUUUCAUUCGAAUGUGCUCUAGAAAGUCAUUACUGUCUCGGGAGAAAAAAAACAAAAGUUUACUUCAGGCUUACAUUUAUACAUCAGCGGAGUGGAUCUUCAUCUGAAUGUAUUGCUGUACAGUGCUGCUAAAUAUGUUGGGUGUUUACAAAUAUAGUUGCCUACUUCCAGUGUAAUCUGUGGCCUUUCAAGCUGGACAAGCACUGUGAGUCAAAUGUAAGAAAAGCACCUUUUGUAAAUAUGCACAUCAAAGGCAAUUUUCAUUACUCUGCAGUUGUAAAUUGAAAAAUUAUCAUUUAAGCACAGGCUUAUAAAUUAU